UACCGGCGGUCCAGCUUGGAAAAGCUCGGCGACUGCAGAGGACCGGAGAUCGCCGCCAGUCACCAAGAUGGCGGCCUGAGACGCGGCGGGGCGGGCCGCGAUGAGCGUAUUGUUUUUGGUGCUUUUGCACUGCCCUAAUCAGAGGAUUUCUGGAAGUUUCUGGACGGGAUCUGCGGGUGCAGGAGCUGGGAGACUGGGAGACAGUAAUCCCGGGAGGGAGGAGACAUGUUCGGUUGCCUGGUGGCCGGGAGGCUGGUGCAGACAGACGCCCAGCAAGUGGCGGAGGAUAAGUUUGUGUUUAACCUGCCUGACUAUGAGAGCAUCAAUCACGUAGUGGUGUUUAUGCUGGGCACUAUCCCCUUCCCGGAGAGGAUGGGCGGCUCCGUCUACAUCUCGUACCCUGACCACAGUGGCAUGCCCGUCUGGCAGCUGCUCGGCUUCAUUACAAAUGAAAAACCAAGUGCCAUAUUCAAAAUCUCCGGCUUGAAGUCCGGUGAGGGGACCCAGCACCCGUUUGGAGCCAUGAGUUUACCACAGACGCCCUCGGUAGCACAGAUUGGUAUCUCUGUGGAGCUACUAGAGCAGCUGGCGCAACAGACCCCUGUAGCCAACGCUGCUGUGUCGACUGUGGAUUCCUUCACCCAGUUCACUCAGAAAAUGCUGGACAACUUUUACAACUUUGCAACAUCAUUUGCUGUGUCGCAGGCUCAGAUGAUCCCUAACCCCUCCGAAGUUUUUAUACCCGCAAAUGUUGUCCUCAAAUGGUAUGAGAACUUUCAGCGGCGCCUGGCACAGAACCCGUUCUUCUGGAAGACGUAGACUGGGUGGAGUCCAUUAAGGGAAACUGCAUUGGGUGCCUCACUUUCUUUGCUGGCCAGUUCCUAAGUUCUCUCCUGGUUUCUCCAGCAAAAUGUGUUUUGGAACGCAGGCACGGUUACACCCGCUCUUGCUGCGGGUAUUGGUGGAUAAAGGCUAUUGGUUGUGGGGAGGGGACGUCUACAAAAGCUUCGCUCUGAAAGGCCUUGAAGUGUUUUGAUGACCCCGUUUGGAUGUACACUUGUCUCUUUCAAUAAGUAUCUUACUAAACCUGUUUUAAGGUUCAUACGUUAUUGCCAUGAAAGUCUUUUUUUCUUCUAAACCUUAACGUUUUCUAAUGACUUCCAAAAGAUCAGGGCAAUUUUUAAUUUACAAUGGGUCAUAUCUGACCAAAUAUUGUCAUCAUCUACUACAGCUAUAUACUACAAGACGACAGGUGGUUGAACCAGAAGAAAUAAGUUUUGCUUUUUUUUUUUCAGAACUGCAGUAGUAAUUACAGAUUAGUUAAGGUACUUAAUGAAAUAAUUAAUUGUUUGUUUUAUUUAAAUGGCCAGGGCUUUUUAUUACUAUUAUUAUUAUUUUGAUAAAUGAAUUUGAUAGUUUCUAAAUUCAUUUGCUGUGAAAUCGAAAUAAGGAACAAUAUUUAAUAAAAAUUGCCUUUGGUAUUGUACUUAUAGGGACACAAACGUUUGUAUAUUAAUUCCGAAUAUUCCUCUUUGUGUGUUUAAUUUAUUUGCUGACAAAUUUUGGGAAAAAAAAGUUCAGUGACGCUAAUAUGGGCGAAUGUAUGCAACAUACAUUUGUAGUGUUCUUUCCAUCAGGCGAGGCCAAAUAUACUAAACUAGUUACCAGCCCGUCAGAAUGACGGUGCAUUAUAGCAGUAAUGUCAUCGCAGGGGCCAAACGGUGCAACACUUUAAUUGCUCCAUCGGACUCAAUUUAGUGGCCGCUAGCGUGCAAAACACUUUAAACCCCCCCCCCCCCCCCAUAGAGGUGAGGAUCAGCGUUAGCUUUUUAUUAUAUAGGAUAAUUUUUUUAAAACUUGGACUCUACUUUUUUUUGUGUUGCUUGCCUGAAAGUAUUAUUACAGCAGCUUCAAAUGAGUUUUGCAAGUGAAGUGUUUAUCUGGACAGAACAUUUCAUGAAAUUACAUUUAUCUCUGUUAUGGAGCUUUACUACUAUUUUAUGCUAUGAAUAAACUGUGCCAUAAAGUGA